AUGCCCAGGUAUUGGCCAUCGCUGACAACCAUGCCUUAUUUGCCAGAAAACGCGAAGGACACCUUGUGCCGCAACGUGACCAUCUACGGCCGUUGCCGAUACGAAGACAAGGGCUGUGCUUUCAACCAUGACCCAUCAAAGCUCAAUGCACACCAGGCAGACAGCAAAAAGAGGUUCAACGUAGACUCACCCAGUUUCACCCCAUCAUUGCUGUCUGGCAAUGGUGUGUCUGCGCCGAAGAAGUCCACCGCCCUUUCACCCAAGGCCGUUAGUGCCGCACCAUUUCAACCCCGAACAUCAACCAGAUCAAACACGAGUACCCCCUCUGGGCGGUCAGAGGCAACACAGGACUGGACAGUGGCAGAUGUGCAGGAGUUCAUUCCUCAAAGCUUUGAUGUGGUUAGUCGUUCCUGCCGUCGAUCUGGAUUUUGUUCGGAUGUCGUGAUGCCAGGAUGCCCUGACUCGCCUCGUGAAAAUGAGGACCCCCAGCGGUUGGGCCGCAAUGCUUGGGGACUGAACUACUCUGGUCAAAUGAGCUUUGCCGCUGACAUGCUUCAACAGGGACCUCUCCAAGGCAAUGGCAAUGGGGGGAUUACUUCUCCGAGUGCCUUUGAUCCAUUUGUGACCACUCCUACUCCUAUGACCCCAGGUGCCGUUGGCCCUGUUUCCGCCAAUCCCUAUUCCCACGAUGCUACUGCUGCAAUGGGAGGCGCUUUUUUCGCCAAUCAAACCGGAUUCCAGCAGCCGGUCCAAUAUCACCUUUACGCCCCCAUUGGUCCUCACAGCCAGAGCACUUUGGGAUAUCAACGCAAUGUGCAUGAUCUUUUCCUUCCCAAUGAAAUCCGGGAAGAGCUACAAAAGAAAUCUGCCGCUACCCUUCAAACUCUCCCUAACACACAACUUCCCGCCCAAGUCGAUUACUUCCACUCCCUUGUUCCCUUGGAUCUGAACCACCAAAAGAAUGCCGCCAUCUUUGGAUACCCCAGCUGGAUCUACAAGGCGCAAUCAAGCAAGGAUGGUCAUUUCUAUGCUCUCCGCCGACUUGAAGGUUUCCGCCUUACCAAUGAAAAGGCUAUCCGCUCUGUCCAAGCUUGGAAGCGCGUUUGCAAUGGCAGCGUGGUUACUGUGCAUGAUGCAUUCACUAGUCGCAGCUUCCAAGACAGCUCUUUGAUCUUUGUGACCGACUACCACCCUCUUUCCAAGACCCUGGCGGAGCAGCAUCUUGGCGCUGGGAACAUGGCUAUCAGCAAUCGCUUCCAGCAGCCUCGAACCAACGCCCAUAUCCCUGAGCAGGUUCUCUGGGGCUACAUGACCCAGAUCGCCAACGCUGUCAAGGCCAUUCAUGACAAUGGUCUUGCCGCUCGGGUCCUCGAGCCUAGCAAGAUUCUCAUUACUGGAAAGAACCGUCUUCGCAUCAAUGCCUGUGCUGUACUUGACGUUGUGCAGUUUGACACUCAGCGCACUGUGCCCGAUCUCCAGCGCCAGGAUCUUGUCAACUUCGGCCAGCUUAUUCUCACCCUGGGUGCUAACUCGCCUAGUAUUAUGCACAAUCCUGCUAAAGCCAUGGAGCAUUUCACUCGCGCUUACAGCCCCCAGCUCAAGAACUCUGUUGUCUGGCUUCUGAACUCCUUGCAGCAGGAGCCUUCCCGCGACAUUGACACUUUUAUUCAUGGCAUCUCAGCUCAGUUGAUGUCGACUUUUGACUCGGCCCUUCAUAUGGAUGAUCAGCUGACUUCUGACCUCUCCCGCGAGUUGGAGAAUGCACGUCUUGUGCGCUUGAUGACCAAGCUGAACCUAGUCAAUGAACGCCCGGAAUAUGAUCUGGACCCCCGCUGGUCUGAUACCGGGGAGCGCUAUUUCCUCAAGCUCUUCCGCGAUUACGUUUUCCACACCGUGGACGCCCAAGGCGACCCCGUCGUCGAUCUCGGCCACGUGCUUACUUGUAUUAACAAACUCGAUGCUGGUAGUGACGAGAAGAUCACUUUGAUCAGCCGUGAUGAGCAGAGCUGCUUCAUUGUCAGCUACAAGGAAGUGAAGAAGGCUCUUGAGUCCUCCUUCCAGGCGCUCAUGAAGCCUACCCGGCGUAUGCACUAA